AUGUCUUCAAAGUGUCAUGGAAAGCUAUUGCCACGGAUGGACGCCGUGACCUAUGUGAGUUCAUUGAAACCGCCUUUUGGGCCAUAUAGCCUACUUUCUGCUACCAAUCAUUCACUCACAAAAUGCUCUGUCGACGAGCAUGUCGAGAAGCCACUCUGUCCCGUGGCGCACCAGCUUGUCAACCUCAUCAUCGACGAUAGUGAACGCCUUCAACCUACGUCCCUCCCCAUCAUCUCAGCAACUAUUCGCUCGCGGCAUUUAUACAUUUUGCGCUCCAGCUCACCAUGGGCACUUGAGCAUUACUCCACAUGGUACUUCGAGAGGAAAGGGGCGGGGCCUGGAAAGCGCUAG